AUGCUGUCCCUGGACUUCUUGGACGAUGUGCAGAGGAUGAACAAGCGGCAGCUGUAUUAUCAAGUCCUAGACUUUGGGAUGAUCAUUUCUUCAGCUUUAAUGAUCUGGAAAGGACUAAUGGUAGUAACUGGAAGUGAAAGCCCAAUUGUAGUGGUGCACAGUGGAAGCAUGGAACCUGCACUUCACAGAGGAGCUCUUCUCUUUUUAACCAAUCGAAUUGAAGAUCCCAUAAGAGUAGGAGAGAUUAUUGUCUUUAAGAUAGAAGGAAGGGAAAUUCCAAUUGUUCACCAAGUGUUGAAAAUUCACGAAAGGCAAGAUGGACAUAUCAAGUUUUUGACCAAUGGAGACAAUAAUGCUGUUGAUGAUCGAGGGUUAUAUAAGCAAGGGCAGGUCUGGCUAGAGAAGAAAGAUGUAGUAGGAUGA